UCUAGAGAGCUUUGGUCGUGUAAAUUUAUACAACACUUGUCUUCUCUAGUUCUUCUCAACUUUGAUAUAUGUUUUUUUGGUUCUGUUUUCUCAUCAAAAAUGAGUAAACAUCCAACGGUGAAGUGGGCACAAAGGUCUGAUAAGGUUUACAUAACCGUGGAGUUACCAGAUGCUGAAGAUGUAAAGCUUAAGCUUGAGCCACAAGGAAAGUUCUUUUUCUCUGCUACGAGUGGAGCUAGCAAGACACCGUACGAGGUGGAUCUUGAUCUGUUUGACAACGUUGAUGUGAAUGAGAGUAAGGCGAGUGUGAACUCGAGGUGUAUCUGUUACAUGGUGAAGAAAGCUGAAAGCAAAUGGUGGAACAGAUUGAUUAAGCAAGAAGGGAAACCUCCUGUGUUCUUGAAAGUUGAUUGGGAUAAAUGGGUUGAUGAAGAUGAAGAUAAAGGAGGAGGAGCGGAUAUGGACUUUGGAGAUUUCGAUUUCAAUAGUCUUAACAUGGGAGAUACUGAUGGCAUUGGGGAUGAAGAAGGUGGUAGUGAUAUGGAGGAAGAGAUUAUGGCAGAAUCAAAAGUAGCGGAGAAGAUUAUAGAAGAAGGAGAUGGAGAGAAAGACGAAGCUGCAUCAGAUGUGAAGAAGGAUUGAGUUUUAUCUUAUAUAUUUGUGUUAAGAUUCUUCUAUCUUGAGACUUGAAAUGGUUUGUGGAAUUAGGUUAAUACUCUACUGGUAUGAAUUAGGAUGGACAAAGGACAACAUUUGGAGAAGCUAUCUUUGUCAUAAAUUAGUCUUUGCAUAAAUGUGAUUGCAAAUCAAGAAAAUCAGCUAUAUGUCAAAAUUUAUAGUUCCUACUUCCUACAAUCAUAUUUGCUGAAUAUUGAUAUU